AUAAAUGAUCAAAUAAGGUUGGCUUUUUGUUAUUUUUUUCUAAACUAGAAAUUGGGAAUUUGAUGUAAUACCUAUGCUAAGUUUUGCAAGAACAAGGGAUCUCGGGCAUACAAUUGAUCAGUACUUUCAAAUUGUGUUGCCUUAUUUGGUCAUUGAAUAGACUUUUAUCUAUAUAUUGCUACAAGAGAUUUCAAAAUAAGGUUUUGAAACGUAUGCAUUCUGUGAAAAGCUGCAUUUUUGCUAGAACAUUCAGUCAACUUAGAAAAAGGGGAAGCCAUCUUCUUCCUGUAACUCUCAGUACUUCUUGUACAAAUUUAACAAUGCCUAGCCAUAAAUCUCAUCCUAAAAUAUCCUGUCUGUAUGGACCAACCAAUACAUACAUGAUAUCCACUCCUGUAGGAGAAUUACAAUUGGUGAGCUGUCCAAAAGGUCUUCAUUCACUCGGACAACAUUCAGAUUUAAAUGAUGAAAACUUCAGACCAGACUACAGUGUACCAGUAGAAGUAUUGUCACAGUUAUAUCAAGACAACGGUUAUGUAUAUAAACCUGCCAUGCAGUGUGUUGAUUGGUUAAAAGAUUAUUUUAAUAAAUCAUCGGAACCUGGUACAGUCCCUCUUCCACCAGCAUGUUUAUCAAUUUCUAAAAAAGGUUCAUUCACAUCUAAAGUAUGGCAGACACUUCCUCAACUUGUUCCGUUUGGUCAGUCCAUUUCCUAUGGCAGAUUGGCUGAGUUAUGUGAUAAUCCCAAAGCUUGUCGAGCUGUUGGACACGCCAUGUCAGAAAAUCCUCUUAUGUUGAUCAUGCCUUGUCAUAGAGUUAUUCAAACUGGGGGAAAUUUAGGAAACUACCAUAAAGGAACUCGGAACUCCAUCAAAGUUUGGCUUCUAAAACAUGAAGGCAACAUACAUUAGAAUCAUUGCGAUAUAAUCAAUUCUUUCAUCACCAUAGAUCUAUUGAGCAAAGUGUUAUUUUAUAUUCUGUAUAUAAAUGAAUAGUAUCUUUAAAGGGCAAUCAAGUAUAUAGAAAGCUCACAUCUUUGUUUAAUCAUCCUUGCUAAUGGUACAGAGAUUGUGCAGAUUAAUUUGAUUUUAUUUUACCGGUAACAUUAAAAUGAGGCGAAAGUCACAAUUCUUCGUUUAUGAUAAUCAUAUAUGAACAAAAAUGUCGAAAUAGGUUAAAAGUAGAAAACAAAUUUAGUUUGCUUUAUUUGUCAAAUAUUAACUUUAACCUUCCGUUUUAUAUCAUUAAAAAUAUAUUUUUAACCUAUUUUAACAUUUUGGUUCAUAUCGUAUAAGACUUUCGACUCAAAAUUAAUUUUGCAAUCACAGGUCACAUAUUGCCAAGACUAGAUAGUUUGCUUACAGUAGUUAAUAGUUUAAAUUAGAACACAUUCCAUGAGACGUCUUACAGCAUAUCAGUUGUAUGUACAUUCCCUGUAUUAAAAUAGGGCCAUAUGAAUAUAUCUUUAGCGGCUUUGUAAUAUAUUUGCAGCUGAAAAACAACUAGUAUUUGUGAUUCUGCUGAUUUGACAUAUUCCCUGCUUCGGGUAUUCCCUCCUGGUUAGAGUCGCCAUACCUCUACUAUUAUCCAUUAAAAUUAAAUAUUGGUCCAUUUCAAUCAAUAUUGAUGUUAUUGUUAAGAAACAUCUUAAAAUCAGUGGUUUCGAAUCCCUGGUUGUACGUGACAAGGAGUAGUGUCGCCUCUCCAACCUCAUGGGUUUUCUCUGGGUCCUCCCACUGCUAAAGACCCCUACGCGCAAGCGAAUUAUUGAAAUAAAAUUAAACCAUAUGUUAGUCCCGAAAUGACAUAGUUUGUGUCGAGUGGACGUUUAACCCCAUUUCUCUCUCUCUCUCUCUUAAAAUCAGCGAUCAAUGUCAUUUUCUAUAAUCCAGAGUACCAUUUCUAAUGAGGAGCGUUAAUAUGUGGUUUUUGACCUGUCAUCAAUUUUUAGGUUCCAAUGGAUAUAGGUGUAGCUCCUUUAAAUCAUCAAAGAAUUAUACAACUGGUACAACUUUAGAGAUUACAGUAUUACUGUUAUAUAACCUAUAUUGUGUUACAGAGGUUUUUCUCUGAACAUAAAACAUUUAUCCCUGCUUCACUGGAACAGAAAUUUCAGCAUUUGUUAAGUGUUAAUUUGUUUUCAAUGCUUUGUUGUAAUCCAGAUUAAUAAAUAAAACCUGUAUGCUGUCAUCUUUAGAUUUAUUGCUUUAUUAUAUGUCAUAAUUUUUUUCUCUCAUAAUUAAUGUGUAAUUUACAUAAAUCAUCAUAAAUAAAAUAAUCCAUGUUUCAAAUACAUUUAAUGUACAAUUUUGCAUGUAUUUUGUUUAAUAAUGUUGAAAUACAUUUAAAAAACUUUCAUUCGAAUAUUGAAUGUCGUUUAGUUUAUAAAAAUGUUUAAUAAGUAAACAAUCCACAUUGAGAUUAUAACAUAAAAUGAAUAAUUUCAUAUUUAUGUAUGAGAACUUAGAUUAAAGAUGCAUUAUAUAAGAUUUAAACAACAAGCUUAAUAGUUUAUAAAUAGAUGAUGAAAAAUGAAUAUAUUGAAAUUCAGAACAAUUUAUGAAUGUUUGCAGUUUUGACAAGAAUAGCUUUGUCUCGAAAAAGUCUUCUCGAAAAAGUCUUCCAUUUUGGUGUUAACCUAUUAAAUGGCGCAUGUGUUCUAAUCCAACUAAUAUUGCAUGGCCUAGAGAGUUGAUUAUGAGCUUGUCAUGUUAAUAAAUAUUUAAAUAAUAGUUUAUAUAACCUUUGAAGCCAGCUUAAAGACCUGCAUUAGGCAGAUUGAGCUUUUACAUAAUACAUCUUUAAUAAUGCUUCAAGUACAUAAAUUCAGAAAAUGAGUAGUGAUUGUUGAAUGAUCUGUAAUUGUUAAUUAGUAUUUUGUUCAUUCCUUGUUACUGAAUAUUUACCCAUAAAAAGCACAGAUUACAAAUAAAGCUUUUUAAUUAAUUCA